AGUCAGACCGCCACAGAUCAUGGCCAGUAGGAAGGCUGGGACCCGAGGCAAGGCUGCAGCCACCAAGCAGGCACAACGUGGCUCUUCUAAUGUCUUCUCAAUGUUCGAACAAGCCCAGAUUCAGGAAUUCAAGGAAGCCUUCAGCUGCAUUGACCAGAACAGGGAUGGGAUCAUCUGCAAAUCAGACCUGAAGGAGACCUAUUCCCAGCUCGGGAGGGUAAGUGUUCCGGAGGAAGAGCUGGACGCCAUGCUGCAGGAAGGGAAGGGUCCCAUCAACUUCACCGUCUUCCUCACACUCUUCGGGGAGAAGCUCAAUGGGACGGACCCCGAGGAAGCCAUCCUGAGUGCCUUCCGCAUGUUCGACCCCAGCGGCCAGGGGGUGGUGAACAAGGAAGAGUUCAAGCAGCUUCUCAUGACCCAGGCAGACAAGUUCUCUCCUGCUGAGGUAGAGCAACUGUUUGCGCUGACACCCAUGGACCUGGCCGGCAACAUUGACUACAAGUCUCUCUGCUACAUCAUCACCCACGGGGAUGAGAAAGAGGAGUAGACAGGCUGAGGUCACCUCAAUAAACUCUGUGCCUGAACUAGAA